CUCCACCACCGACUCCUCCAUUUCUCUCCUGCCUUUUGCCCUUUCCAAUUCCAAUUCCACCUCCACCUCCACCACCACUCCACAAUGAUCUCUCCCUCUUCUUCCUCGGCAUCAUCAUCUAGGAAGAAGAAGAUGAAGCGAGCGGAAACCAAGUGGCGGACCGCCGCGCAGGAGCGGAUCUACCGCCGACGCCUCCUCGAAGCCCUUCGCGCCACCGCCUCGGGGGCAGGGCCGCGGGCCGUCAAGGAGGCGGCUGACUCGGCCCUCGCCCUCACCGCCCGGGGCAAGUCCCAGUGGAGCCGGGCCAUCCUCCUCGGCCGCUGCCGCCCUCGCCGCAAGCUCCUCCUCAAGGCCGGCGGCAAGGUCCGCCGCGGCCGCCGACGGCCGAGGCUAGCGGCUCCGGUGCCGGUUGCGGCUGCGGCUCCGGCGGGGAAGAAGGUGAGGGACCGGCUGCGGGUGCUGGGCCGGCUUGUGCCCGGGUGCCGGCAGCUGUCGGCGCCGAGCCUUCUGGAGGAGGCGGCCGACUACGUUGCGGCGCUGGAGAUGCAAGUGAAGGCGAUGAGGGCGCUCGCGGACGCGCUCUCGGCGGCGUCGCUGAACGCUGCGGCCGCGGGUGAGGCGGAAAGCCGCGUGGUUUGAUGGACUCCUCUCUGCUUUCUGAUUGUACAUGAUCGAUGUGGGUAUGCUGUGUAUAAUCAAUCAUAAAGUCUAUAUACUACUUGUAUAUGCCCCACACAACAAUGAUGAUGAAUUAGAUAUUGUUGCUUGCAAACUAUCUCAUUACUUAAUAAUUUACUCUACAAAAGUGUUUUAUGU